AUGGCCACCAAACAUCUAGCCACUUGGGCUCUGGCCCUCCAAUUUGGCAACCUCACCGAGCCUGUUGUCGAUAUGGCUGUCAAGAGUGUCUACAACUGGGCAGGCUGCGCUAUCGGAGGAUAUGCUCUGCCUCCUGCUGGUGUAGCGCUUGAGGCCAUGUCGCCUUUCACUGGAUCAGAUGGCAAUUCAACCGUCUUUGGUGUUGGUCAACACGUCGACAUCAGGACUGCCGCUAUGAUCAAUGGAAUUGCGUCUCAUGCCGAUGACUAUGAUGAUACUCAUAUCGACACUCCAGUACACCCAUCAGGCCCUGUCGCUUCGGCUUUGUUCGCCAUGGCCGAGUGGAUGGGCGGCGUUACUGGAGAAGAGUUCCUAGCAGCAUUCGUUGCAGGCGUUGAGACCGAGUGCAAACUUGGAGUUGCCGUCUUCCCCGAUCACUACACCAUUGGCUGGCUUGGCGCUGCUGUGGCUGUCGGGAAGCUUCUUGGACUUGAUCAAAAGCAGAUGCAAAGAGCCAUCAGUAUCGCUUCAGUCCAGGUCAUAGGAAUGCACGAGUCAUUCGGCACCGAUACCAAGCCUUUCCACGUUGGAGCUGCCGCACAGGCUGGUCUCACAUCAGCAUUGCUCGCAAAGAAUGACUUUGGCGGAUCACUCAAGGGCCUCGAGGCUGAGAAAGGAUGGUCUCACGUCGUGAGCACUCACCAAAACUUGACCAAGGCAUUUUCAACAUUUGGAACAGUCUGGGAGGUUACCAAGAACACCUUCAAGCCUUUCCCUUGUGAUCGUAUCAUCCAUCCUGCUAUCGAUGGCUGGAUCCAGAUCCAUGACAAGGCCAAGAAGAAGGGUCUCGACAUGACCAAGAUCGCCAAUGUCACUGCCAGAACUCAUCCCCAUGUCUUUUUACUGACAGAUCACCCUGAACCAAAGACUGGUCUUGAGGGUAAAUUCAGUGUCUACCACGCAGCUGCUAUAGCCCUUCUGUACGGUGAAGCCACCCCAAAACAGUUCACCGAUGAGGCGGUACAGAACAAGACCGUGAUAGCCCUUCGUGAAAAGGUUCACGUCACCAAGGAUGACAAGGUCAGUGACCACGAGGCCUUUGUUGCAGUCGAAUUCGAGAAUGGGGAAAAGAUGGAAGUGCAUGUGGAGAAUUGUAUUGGAAGCUACAAGAACCCUCUGGAUGCUGAGUACCUUCAGAAGAAGUUUGUUGAUCAUGUAAGCACCCAGAUAGGCGAGAAGAGGGCCAAGAAGGCUUUGGAGGCUUUUGUAGGGAUUGCCAACUCGACUGAUGUUGGUCGCAUUGCUCAGGCUUUUGAGGAGUAG